CACAAGUAGAAAGAAAAGCGCAGAUAUGUAUCAAUAAUUCAGCUGGCGCGUGUGACAGCGGAGCGGGGCUGAGCGGCGACUUUGAUUGGUCCGGUGAAAGCCCAACCCAGCGGCGUCAUUGGUGGAAAUCAUCUGCGCACUCCCGACCACUAAACGCUAAAAUGACUCGGGUAAAAUAAUAUCGCGGCACUCGCUGCACUGCGUUCAGCCUCGCGGCUCCCUCUCGCGCCCUGCUACGCUGCGCUAGAGGAUAACUUGGAAGCAAAUCCGACCGGAGCGACGGGACGACAACGCGUAUCUUUCCGCUCCGCGACUCCGCCGUUCAUGCGGGAAGAUCGCGACGAGGAUAAAGUUGCGAAAACUUUUACGCGCAAAAAGGACACUGAUACUUCCAACUUCAGUUUGACUUGAGACAAUUGGAGUUGAGACUUUUUUUUAGCUUUGCGUCCCUAUUUACGAGCGGAGCCUGGUAAAAGAAAAAUCAGAAGAGGCGUCUGAGCCGCCCACCACCAGACGGUUCACGCCGCCCUCCACGUCCUUCCCUUGCAGUAAGAUCGGAGACGGUAACGGGGCAAUGGCCGCCCCGGGGCCCCUCAGGUCGAGACCGGACACCAGGAACGUGGUGGACGUUCUGGCGGACCACGCAGGCGAGCUGGUCCGGACCGACAGCCCCAACUUCCUCUGCUCCGUCCUCCCAUCCCACUGGAGGUGCAACAAGACGCUGCCUGUGGCUUUCAAGGUCGUGGCUCUGGGCGACGUUCCCGACGGGACCCUGGUCACAGUGAUGGCCGGCAACGACGAGAACUACUCGGCUGAGCUGAGGAACGCCUCCGCCGUGAUGAAGAACCAAGUGGCCCGCUUCAACGACCUGCGCUUCGUGGGAAGGAGCGGACGAGGGAAGAGCUUCACCCUGACCAUCACCGUGUUCACCGGACCGCCGCAAGUGGCCACCUACCACCGCGCCAUCAAAGUCACCGUGGACGGGCCUCGGGAACCACGCAGGCACAGGGUGAAGAUGGAAGACCCCCAGAAGAUGCAGUUUUCCGACAGGCUGUCAGAGAUCGAGCGCUACCAGCGGACUAUGAGGAUAGGCCCAUCCCCCAAUUCUCGCCCCCUCCAAACCCACCUCAGCCCCACAACAGCCCUGUGGCAGGAGCAGAUGGACACUCCGACUCUGAAGACAUGCAAGGUGGAGGAGGACCUGAGACCAUGGCCAGGAACUACAGAUCUCUUCCAACAGAGGACCACCUUCCCGUCUCUGUCCCCACUGACUGAUCCUCGUUUCUCAGACCCCCGCAUGCACUACCCAGGGGCAUUCCCUUACUCUGCCAACACCUCCAGCACUGGCAUCAGUGGCCUCAGCAUGUCAGCCUCUUCUAGAUACCACACCUACCUUCCACCACCUUACUCAAACAAUCAGACCCAGAACUUCCAGUCCAACUCCUACCUGUAUUAUGGCACAGGCUCUGGAUCCUAUCAGUUUUCCAUGGUAGCACCUGGAAACUCUGGGGGUGAGCGCUCCCCCACUCGCCUGCUGUCCUGCUCAGGGGCCACGGGCACUGGAGGGACCAACAGCCUGAUGAAUCCGGGCCUGAACACCCAGAGCGACGGCGUGGAGGCUGACGGCAGCCACAGCAACUCCCCCACGGCCAUGAGUGCCUCGGGCCGCUUGGAUGAGUCCGUCUGGAGGCCUUACUGACUGACAGACAGACAAUCAAAAGGUGCGGGAGAGAUGUGAGUAAGCAAAAAUCCAGAGAUUGGUGAACAAAAAAUGCUGAACACUGAAAGAAAAAAACCCAAACAAAAAAAAAGAGAAAUGUUGCAUGUUUGCCUUUUUUUUCUCCAGCACUCGCUUCAAAGACUUUCUGCAUUUUAACCAACUCUCAAGAGUUUUUAAGCAUUUUGUAAAUUUUGAUUGAACUCCUGCACUGUGCUAAAGCGUGUACUCCUAAAGGACUAUAAAAGCCAUUUAAGUUCAGAUGAUGUUCAGCUCAGACUGCGAAAAAAGAAAGAAGUGAGCGUUAAACCAAAGAAGCCAUCGCCAUUGUUUCAGGAUCAUUUGUCUGGCACAAAAAGUCAGCAAAGACAAAAGAACAAAGAAUGAAAAACUGCAAAAAAAACACAGACAUUCAUCAAAGAGACUGUUCAGACUGAUCCAACUUAGUAAGUGGAAAAGAGCAGUGGGACUGGAUGUUUGCUCCUAGUGUGACUCCGGCAUCCUUCCAAGGCCUAUCUGCACUGCUGUAGCAACCGAUUCCUUCAAAGCUUUAAAUUCUGUACAAUUUGAAUGCUGCAAAAGAAAAAGCUUUAAGUGAAAACAUCCUCAGUUACAUACAUCUUACAUCAUGAGCUCAAAGUACAUGUGCAGUACCUGAUUGCCUAAUUUAUUACUUAAAUGAACAUGUAGCCUUUGGUGCUAAGGUAUAUGGAAGUGGAUGUUUGCAUUUUUGAGAGAAAAGCAUUUUAUCUGUCAGAUUUGAACUCUCCUCUGUGGAGUCUUCUAUUGAGUUUCACCAACAACUUCAGACAGUGGCUGAUAUUAUGAGGAAUGUAAACAGAGAGAAAGUCUUUUUGUUUUUCUGCAGGAAUACUUUAGUCCUGUUGUGUCUGGUCUUUAGUUUUCCUUAAAAUUCCUAUUUUCUGAAACAAAGGCCCUUGCGUGCUAUUUUUGAACUGGAUGACAUCGUUUACCAUUGAUAUUUAUUUGAGCCACAUUGUGAGGAAAUGUAUGCAUAUACCCAAAAUCCUUUAGCAUUUCUUUCUACCUUUCUUUUUUAUAGAUAAAUAUAUAUCAUUACAGUGCAUAUACCAUGUUUUGUUGUUAAGUAUAAAUUUGGAAUUUGUGUAAUAUAUUGCUACUAAAUUAUAAAAAACAAAACCUUUAAUGUAAUUAUUUUUGCCUUCAAUUGUAGCUUCAAUGCACUAACAACUUUUACUCUUCAUGAACAAGUCCCUAGAGCUUCUGUUUGAGAUCAUCUUUUUCUCAAACGAUGCCCAAAUUGCUUCCCAUUCGCUCUUGUUUUGCACUAUGUUUGAAUAAUUUCUCCCCUUUCCACUUGAGAAAUCCAAUAAUUUAAUGUUCUAUUCCGACACGCACAUUCCGACAUCCCAGGUGUGUGUGCACAUUCCCCAUCUAAAAGAACUGGCAUCUGCAGGUAAACACGUGAUUCCUCCAUCGCUUGAGCAGGGAUAAUGUGAGGAUGAAGGGAUGGAUGGGGGCAGCGGGGUCAAAGAGGUAUCAUCUUACAGACACCAAGGGCAUUUAUGCAAAAAAGAAGCCCUUUCCCUUGUUGUGCAUCACUGAGCGCUUUGAAGCCUAUAUGUCCCAGAUUCUGCCUUUGCUGGUUUCAUUUUCUAACCAUCAGUGCCAGGGGCCCACGGCUCUGCCAAUAAUUCAUGCUUAGAUCAUCCUAUUAUGCAGUAAGGCACAUUGUGGAAUUCACAUCAGGUAUCAAGUGUCUAACAUUUACUAGGAAAGUCUUCACAUCAAGUUGAUUAACAUUCAUAAGUCUGUAAGAGAGAUAAUUAAAAGUAACAAAAUAAGAUUUCAGUUCAAACUCGUUAGAGAUCGCUAGCACUUGCAGCUCAGGUAAAAUAUUGACCCUCUGUCUUAUUCCUGUAUUUUGACAAUCAAUAUGUCAUUCCUGUCUCCCUUUAAUUUGAACUUUUAAAUGAUUUUCUGCGCUCUCCUGUAGAGGCGGCCUUAAAUUAUUAUGCACAAACAUCAUGCAGCUAGAGGAACCGCGUGUACUGUUUGUCUGGUUCCUUCAACAAACAACCAAAGACCAGUUAGAAUAUUCAUUUUGGGAAAGAUGUGUGGUUUUGUCUUUAUUGAUCAGCCUUUAUGGAAAAUUACAAAACCAAAAUGUUCAAGUGUAUUUGAUUGUAUAUUAGACUGAAAAGCACAAAUGUCACAUUUCCUUUGUCUGUAUUUGAGAAGAGAAACUCUUUUCUUUUCCUUUUCUUUUACCAAACUGUUAAGUCAUCUUGCUGUUCUCAUUUCUCUUUAUGCUCAAAGCAUGUACGUACACAUGAAAUUGAUUUUCAGUAAUUUAAGAAUAUCAUCCAUGUAUGUAAUGACAUUGUUAAUGCUUCCAUAUUGAGUGCUUGUAAAGUUUGCAGAUAAUGUAAUUUUUAAUCAUUUUAAUUAAAAAAAUAUGUUUGACCUUUUCUUCAUAA